CUAGCGAGGCAGUGGUCAAGCUCGCUGGCCUGAGUCUUCCUGUGGUGGAGCCUGGUGUUUGUGUGUGUUUUUAAAGAAAACCCCCAAAAUGUAAACGUAGGUAGGGCAUCAAGUACAUAUGUUAAAUGCCCCCGGGAUCUUUGAUACUUAACACUUCUGGACUGGGAGAACCUGCUGGCCAAAAAGAGUGGGUGGAAAAUAAGUGGAUUUCUGUGGCUGGAGGCGGAACCCAGACUGGCGGCUUCAGAGCCCACCACCAAGGCUGACCCUCUGGGGGAUUGUUGAGUAUGGACUUCAUCUCCAGAAGCUAAAAAACCACUCAAACUUGAGUGGAAUAAUUAAAAGUUCAGAUGUUCUCUGGUGGUCCUUCCCACUGGCUCUUCUCCCCUGCAAAAACCCGGAGAGUGGGCUUCAGCCCUCCAAGCCCGCCCCGGGCUGUGUAGGCAGCUGGGUGGAGCCGAAGGCGGAGCGCUGUCCGGUCACCUCCCCAGAAAGCUGCGAGCUGAGUGUGGCACGGAGAAGAGCUUCCUGAAUCUUCAGAUGGAUUUUAAAAUUGAACACACUUGGGAUGGUUUCCCAGUGAAGCAUGAACCAGUGUUUGUCAGGCUGAAUCCAGGUGAUGGAGGAGUGAUGAUGGAAGUUAGUGCUCCAUUUUUCAAUGAUCCUCCAGCUCCACUUGGAGAACCAGGAAAACCUUACAAUGAACUGUGGGAUUAUGAAGUUGUGGAAGCAUUUUUCUUGAAUGACAUAACUGAACAGUAUUUAGAAGUUGAACUUUGUCCUCAUGGACAACAUUUGGUGCUCUUACUCUCUGGAAGACGAAAUGUGUGGAAACAAGAACUUGCUCUGUCAUACAAAGUGUCUAGAGGAGAGACAAAAUGGGAAGGCAGAGCUUAUCUUCCUUGGAGUUAUUUUCCACCAAAUGUGACAAAAUUCAAUUCAUUUGCAAUUCAUGGAUCAAAAGAUAAAAGAAACUACGAAGCUCUUUCCCCCGUACCUCAACAUGAACUGCAACAAGGACAAAAACCUGAUUUUCAUCGUCUGGAAUACUUCAAGCCUUUCAGUUUUAAUACACUGCUUGGAGAAGAAUGGAAACAACCAGAAUCAGAGCUGUGGUUAAUAGAGAAACCUGAUGUAUAGGAGUAUAGUAGAUGACCAUAUCAGUCAUUUCUUCUCUGUGUCUUUUAAGGUAAAUCAAUAAUAUGUAUAAUCUCUUUUAAUCACGAUACCACCAGCACACUUCAAGAACAACUAUUUUCAUAGAGGUCAGUGAAAAUAUAGUAUCUUUGCAGCAAGUUGUAUAUGAGUUAACAAGAAAAUGGAAAGUUUGUAGAUGACUUUAACUAGAAAGUUAAAAUGUUUCUCAGAGUCAUUCAGUCUAGGAGCCAUCACAUCAAUCAGUUCUAUCUGCCUUGCAUUACCAUCACCCCAGAUACCCCUGACUCUGUCAACCAACACCAUUAUUUCUCCUCCCACUUCCCUAAACCUCAGCCAGCCUGAGACUGGAACAUCUUAUUUGUGCAUUUUUUUAAGUUCCAUAUAAUGUACAGUAAUUCUUUACUCAGAAUCUUCUAUGCAUUCUUGAAGUGGGUUGAAAACAAUGACCUAUUUCAGUUGAGCAGGAGAUCUACAUCUGUUAAGGCAUCAUUAAGAUACAUAUGUAUUUAACCAGCUGUUUUUCCUGUCUUGUGACUAUUUUUAGUCUGUAGAAGGAAAUGGAUUGAAGUAGUCUUGAAGUUGGGCAACAGAUUCUGCUUUCAUUUACAAACAAAUGACAUUUUCUUAAUGCUGUUAAACCAAAUGCCAAAAUAUCUUCACUUUAUUUUGUAAACAUCAAAUACUCCUGGUCUAGGAUUUUUCAAGUUUUGUGAUGUGAUAUAGUUCAGAGUUUAAAGCCAUCUAGUAGAUCAUCUAUGAACUUCUCCACCAAACCUGGUCCUUCACUAGCAUUCUUAACUCAGAGAAUAGCAGUCUUGCAGAAGAACUUUUUUUUUUAAAGAACUUUUUUUUACUUGUACAGAAUACCUAGUUGUCUACCCAACAAUAUACUUUAUCCUCUUCUUUUUUACUAACAGAGCUUGAAUUUUUAGG